AAAAAACACCCCAAAUGUUUCAGAAGGGGCCGGGGCCAACAACAAGUUCAACCAGAGAGCGAGCUGCCGUGCGUGUGUGUGUGGGCAGCAGUAUGCGCUGUUCUUCUUCCUCUUCUCCUCUCGUCGCCUAGCAGCUCAUUAUCAAACCCUUUCUUGUCAAAUCAUUUCGUUCUUGAGUCCGUUAGAGUUUUUGCCUGUUGUGUCUUCUUCAAGUGCUGCAACAAGAAACCGGAGGCUUUGUCUUGUGCACAAUCUAGCAGGCUAGGGUUAGGGUUUCCUUUUUUGGUUCUGAUUUUGUGCUGUGUUGAGAUCGAUCGAUCGAUCCUGUGAUCGGAGCAUGGACGGGUCAGCAGCAGCAUCUGCUGCUGCAGGAGAUGGAGGGGGAGGGGGAGGGUCGAAGAAGGAGGAGAGCUUGCCGCCGGGGUUCAGGUUCCACCCGACAGACGAGGAGCUCAUCACGUACUACCUGCGGCAGAAGAUCGCCGACGGCAGCUUCACGGCGAGGGCCAUAGCCGAGGUCGACCUCAACAAGUGCGAGCCGUGGGAUCUCCCGGAAAAAGCGAAACUCGGAGAAAAGGAGUGGUAUUUCUUCAGCCUGAGGGACAGAAAGUACCCAACGGGUGUGCGGACGAACCGUGCAACUAAUGCUGGCUAUUGGAAGACAACGGGAAAGGAUAAGGAAAUCUACACCGGGCAACUACCAGCCACGCCAGAGCUAGUAGGGAUGAAGAAAACCCUGGUGUUCUACAAAGGAAGAGCUCCUCGGGGCGAGAAGACCAACUGGGUCAUGCACGAGUAUCGCCUGCACUCCAAAUCAGCCCCCAAAUCUAACAAGGACGAGUGGGUGGUGUGCCGGGUCUUCGCCAAGAGCGCGGGCGCCAAGAAAUACCCGUCCAACAACGCGCACUCGCGGCCGCACCACCACCCGUACACGCUGGACAUGGUGCCGCCCCUCCUGCCCACGCUGCUCCAGCACGACCCCUUCGCGCGCGGGCACCACCACCACCCCUACAUGACCCCGGCCGACCUCGCCGAGCUCGCGCGCUUCGCCCGCGGCACGCCGGGGCUGCACCCGCACAUCCAGCCGCACCCCGGGACGGCGGCGGCGGCGUACAUGAACCCCGCCGCUGCCGCCGCCGUGGCGCCACCGUUCACGCUCUCCGGCGGCCUCAGCCUCAACCUCGGCGCCCCGCCGGCCAUGCCGUCGCCGCCGCCUCCGCCGGCGGCGCUCCACGCGAUGUCGAUGUCGAUGGCGAUGAGCCAGCAGGGGGCGCCGAGCGGUGCCGCAGGAAACCACCAGGUGAUGGCGGGUGAUCACCAGCAGCAGAUGGCGCCGGUGGGGCUCGGCGGGUGCGUGAUCGCGCCCGGAGGAGACGGAGGGUUCGGCGCGGACGCGGCCGGGGCGCGGUACCAGAGCUUGGACGUGGAGCAGCUGGUGGAGAGGUACUGGCCUGCCGGGUACCAGGUGUAGUAGCUGUGGAUCACACUCACAGUGUGCCGCUUGCAGUGCCAAAGUGGCAACCAAAGUUGUUGGUCGUGUCAUGCACGUAGGGGGACAAGGUUUGAGGUGUCUUAGUCUAGUUUCUUGUUGUAUCUGUAGCUGAAGUCCUCUCUCUUUUCUUGGUUUUGUUGUGCUGUAAGCCUAUAACGAUGUUUAUCUGUCUAGGGAUUAGUUUGUUGUCUUGGCUUGUAGAAACCGGAGGAUAGGUUGCCUGACGCUGAUAACAUGUGCACCAAAAACAGGCUUGAUACCGAGCUCAUAUAGGGCUCUAGAUAAGAGAUUGGGCGAUCUGUUCCUGAUCAUUGUGCAUGUUUCUUCAAACCUAACAUUGGAACUCUGAGUGGUACCAAGGCCAUA